UCUUCCCAAACACGUGGAUCUCUUCGAGUUAUUCACCCUUUGUUCCCUGUUCGUCAGCAGCCAAGAAGCGGGAGUGUUGAUAAAGCUGUAAGAGAGCUGCAGCAGCAGCAGUUGAUGAACUCUGGAAAGAAGUCCAGCAGCUUGAGGAACAUCUGGUCAAAGAAACUGGAGGGAAGCAGGAGCUCAAACAGCGGCAGGACGCAGCAGAGGAAGAGACACCAGAUGAUGGAUGAUGUUUUCCAGUCCAGAUUAGUGCUGCCAGCAGAUGUUAAAGAAGAGGCUCCUGAAGAACAGAGUCCUGAUGUGGAUCAGCAGGAGCCAGAGCCCCUCCAGAUAAAGGAGGAACAGGAGGAACUCUGGACCAGUCAGGAAGGAGAGCAGCUCACUGUGAAGGAGGAGACUGAUACCAGGUUUCCAUUAACUGCAGCUCCUAUCAAGAGUGUUAAAGAAGAGGCUCUUGAAGAACAGAGUCCUGAUAUGAACCAGCAGGAGUUGCAGCUCCUCCACAUAAAGGAGGAAAAUGAGAAAAUCUGGGCCAGCCAGGAUGGAGAGCAACUGAAUGUGAAGGAGACUGAUGAUACCAGGUUUCCAUCAACUGUUGUUCAUAUGAAGAGUGAAGAGGAUGAAGAGAAACCUCUGCUCUCUCAGCUUCAUCAACAGCAAACAGAAGACCGAGAUCUUCCAAGCAGGAGCUCAGGUGACCAGAUAAAAGCAGAAAUUAAAGAAGAGGACUGUGGGACAGCAGAAUCCAGCAGGAACCCAGAUCUAAAUACUCAUAGAGGCUCUUCCAACUAUUCAAAGACUAAAGGCUGUGAAGAUGAUGAAGAGGAUGAUGUGAAGCAUCAUGUAUCUGAGCUUAAACGCUUGUCAGACUCUGAAACUGAAGACAGUGAAGAUGAUUGGAAGGAGAGCAGGACUCCAGGGUCAGGCAGAAACACUGUCAACAAAUCUUUGAGCUGCUCUGAGUGUGGAGGAAAAUUUGCUAACAGACGCUCUCUUCAGAGUCACAUGACAUGUCAUCCAAGAUUAACGUCUUCAGAUUGUUCUGGUAAUGAGACAUGUUUCAGAGAGAAGAAAAUGGUGGAUUCAUUCACCAAAGUCCAGACGAGUAGUAAACAUUUUAACUGUGGUGAGUGUGGUAAAAGUUUUAAAUGGAAACGAGACAUAAGCAGACACAUGAGAAUUCACACAGGAGACAAACCCUUUGGUUGUGAUUUAUGUGGAAAAAGAUUUUCCCAAAAGUCAAAUUUAAACACACACAUGAGACUCCACACAGGAGACAAACCCUUUGGUUGUGAUGUUUGUGGGAAAAGAUUUACCCAAAAAUCAAGUUUAAACAACCACAUAUUAAGUCACACAGGGGAGAAAUCCUUUGGUUGUGAUGUUUGUGGGGAAAGAUUUACUCAAAAAUCAAGUUUUAACAAGCACAUAAAAAGUCACACAGGACACAAACCCUUUGGUUGUGAUGUUUGUGGGAAAAGAUUUAACCACAAAUCAACUUUUUACCAGCACAAAAUCAUUCAUUCAGGGACGAAAACCUUUAGGUGUAGUGACUGUGGAAAAAGAUUUUAUCAAACUUCAGAUUUAAAGAAACACAUGAGAACUCACACAGGGGAGAAAUCUUUUGGAUGUGAUGUAUGUGGAAAAAGAUUUGCUUCCAAGUCAGAUUUAAACACACACAUGAGAAUCCACAAAGGAGUCAAACCCUUUAGUUGUGAUACAUGUGCAAAACGAUUUGUGUCCAAAUCAAAAUUAAACACACACAUGAGAAUUCACACAGGAGACAAACCUUUUAGUUGUGAUACUUGUGGAAAACAAUUUUCCCACAAGGUAAAUUUAAAAAUACAUAUGAGAAUCCACACAGGAGACACACCCUUUGGUUGUGAUGCAUGUCAAAAGAGAUUUUACCAAAAAUCAGCAUUAGAUGCACACAUGAGAAUUCACACAGGAGAGAAACCCUUUAGUUGUGAUGCCUGUGGGAAAAGAUAUGCCUACAAGUCAGUUUUGAGCAGACACAUGAGAAUUCACACAGGAGAGAAACCCUUUCAUUGUGAUGCAUGUGGAAAGAGAUUUCACCAAAAGUCAGCAUUAGACUCGCACGUGAGAAUCCACACAGGAGAGAAACCCUUUCAUUGUGAUGCAUGUGGAAAGAGAUUUUACCACAAAUCAACUUUAGAUACGCACAUGAGAACCCACACAGAAGUCAAACCCUUUAGUUGUGAUAUUUGUGGAAAAAAAUUUAUCUCCAAGUCACAUUUAAACAGACACAUGAAAAUCCACACAGAAGUCAAACCAUUUACUUGUGAUAUUUGUGGAAAAAGAUUUAUUACCAUGUCACAUUUAAACAGGCACAUAAAAAUCCACACAAGAGACAAACCCUUUGGUUUUGAUGAAUGUAGAAAAAGAUGUUCUCAGACGUCACAUGUAGACUAACACAUGAGAAUCAAUUUUGUUUAGAUGCUUGUGUUAUCAGAUUAUACAAUAAAUCAAAUUUAAACCCA